UCCGGAUUGGGUAUAAAGUGCGGUGCAGCAGCCUCGGACCGCAGCCGCCCGCAGCCGGCCAUGCACUCCAGCACCCACGCCACCCCGGACCCUGAGGCUCAGCGGCCGCUCGCGCCCUCGGGCCGCUCCUGCCACCCGCUGCCCUGGGCCCUGAGCGCCGCGCUGCUGCUGCUCGCCGCCGCCUGCGCCGCCUGCCUGGUGCGUGCCUGGGCCGCGCCCGGGGCUCCUGCAUCGCAGGUUCCCGGCUCCGCGCGCAGCCCGAGACUCCCGGAGGGCCUGGAGUUCACGCCCGACGCCCGCACACGCCUCCCCGACUCUCCGCAGGGCGUGUUCGCGCAGCUGGUGGUGGCCGAUGGUGUACAGCUGACCGAAGGGCCCCUGCAUUGGUGCAGCGAGCGGGGGAUGACAGGUGUGACCCUGGCGCCCGGUGUGAGCUAUGACAAGCACACACACGAGGUGGUGGUGGCCCAGGCCGGAGUCUACUAUGUUUUCUUGCACUUGGCGCUGAAGCGUGUGAUGGCCAGCAACGGCAACAGCUCCGGCUCCGUCUCCGUGGCCCUGCACCUGCGGCCUCUCCAAGCUGGGGCCGCUGCCCUGGCCCUGACCUUGGACCUGCCACCCCCAUCCUCGGGGAACUCAGCGACUGGUUUCCGGAGCGGCCUGCUGCACCUGGAUGCCGGACAGCGCCUGAGCGUCCACCUGCGCCUCGCAGUCCGGGAGCCUCGUGCCUGGCAGCUCUCGGCGGACGCCACGGUCUUGGGCCUCUUCCACGUGGCCACCCAAGUCCCCACUGGACUCCCCUUGAUACAGCUGACGUGACCCCCAGGCCUAGGUGCCACCCUCUGGACCAAGACUGAAUCUUGCCUUCCUUUUUUGGGGCCCCUGGUGAUGGGGUCUAGCUACUCUACCUCACUGGGCUGGGCCGGGGUCCUUGCUGCUGACCCCCUCUUCCAGGACUCUCCGGGUCCCUCUGUCACUUGGUAUUUAUUCUGAGCCUGAGCUCAGACAGUGUACAUUAUAUUAAUCCAUUCAACUUAUAUUUAUUGAGCUUCUGCUCUGUGCCAGGCACUGUGCAGGGCUAGAGAAACAUCAGCAAAUAAAAAAGACCCCCCAUCCUUAUUUAUGUUAAUAUGUGAGAAAUAGAGACUCAUUCCCAGUACCCUCCCCCCCCCACCCCGUGGUACUCAGGGGGCUAGCCUGUGGGAGUCCAAGUAACUAUGCUGUGUGAGCUUUACUCAUUCAUGCAAAUUUUAUCAGGCACUGUUUUAGGUGUUGGGGACACAGCCAUGAACAGGACAAGAAAAAAUCCCCAGCUUUUGCCAAGCUGACGGUCUAAUACGCUGGCUUGACAUUGUGAUUGUGUGACCCUGUGUAACUGGGGCAUAUGGGAAGGUGUGAGGUGGUACAUGAUGUUAGAUAAUAAAGUAUUUAUAUAUGUUAUGACUUCUA